AUGAAAAAUAAAUAUUUCCUUUGUAUAAAAGUAAAUAGUAGUGAUAUAAAAAGCAAAGUAAAAUCAAUUGUAAAUGCAAUUAAAUGUGAAAAUAAUCAAAAUUUUAAUAACAAUUUAAUAAACGAAGGCGAGUAUCAUAUUACAUUAGUAUUAUUUUAUGCGGAAGAAAAUGAAAUUGAUAACAUUAAAACAAUCAUAGAAAACACAAUCAACAAAUUUACUCAAUUUUCUGAUGAUCCUGAAACCUCAAACAAGUGUCUCCAAUUUAAUUUAAAAGGAUUGGUGCAAUUGGGUGAUAUAAAUAUAGUAGCGGCUUUACAAGAUGAUGAAAAUAAAUUAAUAUUACUAAAAUUUAUAAAUUUUAUUAAAGAUCAAUUAGAUUAUUAUACCAACCAUCAAAUUCAACUAAUAGACGAGAAAACUUGGAUACCACAUAUGACACUAUUAAAAUAUAUGGAUUCAAAUAAUACAAAUAAAAUAGAAUUAAAAAAUGAUAUUUCUAAAUUCCUUAAUUAUAAUAAGGAAUAUAACAAUUUCCCAUUAGGCUAUCAAAAAACAUAUUCAAUAGAUUUAAUUCAAUCUGGUUUACCAAGAGAUUCAACAGGUUAUUAUAGUAUUAAAUUUAAUUUACCAUUUAAUAAUUAA